UUCGCCUGCUGAAAAAACUUUAUUUAUCUAUCAGAUCAAGAAUCAAUUACAAACUUACCAUUACGACCAAUCAUUCCUAUUUAAAGCCCUUUCCGAUCUGCCUUAAAAAUAUACAGAAUUGCAUCAGAUUGCUUUGCCUGUAAUACUCCUGAUCUUUAUUUUCCCUUCCGAUCCAAAGAUUUUUGAGUCUGUCGAGCCAAUUUCAAGAAGAUUUUUUGAGUCUGUCGAGCCAAUUUCAAGACGUGUAUCAAUUUGAGUUUGAUGCUGGGGGCAGGUAGAAUGAGUUCUACACCCGCGCCCGUCAAAACGUCCACCAGGAGAUUUUCACUCACUGGUAGGACUUCCACAUCCAAGGAUAGAACGACUCAAUUUCAUCCUUCCAAGUCCCGAAAGGCCGUCAAUGGCGUCGCCAAAAGUAACGGCCACGUUAACGGCGACGUUAACGGCAACGGUAGCAAUAACGGCGACUGCUCGCGUUAUCUGCCGAGCCGUGACGAGCUGCAGAAGGUGUUCAAGAAAUUUGACGCCAAUAAUGACGGUCAAAUAUCUUGUUCUGAGCUGCGAGGCCUGAUAGCUUCCAUGGGGCAGAAGUCGAGUGACGAUGAAGUGAACGUCAUGAUGAAGGAAGCUGAUACCGACGGCGAUGGAUUCAUCAAUUUUGACGAGUUUUAUGAGGCGAAUACCAAGGGCGUCAAUGGGAAUCGUAUCAAGAAGGACCUGGAGAGCGCGUUCCAGAUGUAUGAUCUGGAUAAAAGUGGGAAUAUUUCGGCUGAGGAGCUGCAUAAAGUUCUCAAGAGCCUGGGAGAAGUCAGCAGCAUUCAGGAAUGCCGUCAGAUGAUCAAACGCGUGGAUAAGAAUGCUGAUGGGUGUAUCAGCUUUGAGGAAUUCAUGACCAUGAUGUCUUCUCCUCACCCUUAGGGACUACUAUCAUCUAGUCUCACAAAAUAAAUAGUUCAUUUGCUCUUUUAUUAAAACUCUCAUUUUCUCUUUGUAGCAGUCAUUCUGCAUAGACAUCGCCUAGGACUACUCCUUCAUCUAAGAAAUAAUAAAGUGUUUUCAUUUAGCUUAUAA